GUCAUGUGUCACAUGAUGCUACACGGAAGCAGUCAACGUCUGUUGUACUCGGAAUAGGUCAAUAUUUUAACGUUGAACGGCUGAUUUCUAGUAGAAACGACGGCGGUAAAGACUGUAUGAGAAAGUACUUGAGCUAAUACAAAAAGUCGACAUGGUUGUGUCAGAAAUGGAGGAAUCUUCUCUGUUACUGGACGAAAAGCUGCUUCGUUUCAUGGACCAGCUGGAGUUACUGGAGGAGAAACGAGCCACUCUCAACUCUCUCAUAGAGCAGGGAUGGUUUUCCAUUUCCAAGGCUCGAUAUUCCAUGGGAAACAAACACGUCUCUGCACUUCAGUAUGCGAGUGAGAUAGUGCCACUGGUCUGUGUUCAUGCUAGAACACUGGACAAUGAUGAGGUGGAUUUCUGCACAGAAAGGGUUAAACAAAAGGAUAGUAAUGAAGCUGAAAAAGAUGCGAGGUCAAUAGAGGACAUUGGCCCUCAAGAAGGUGUCAGGAGAAGAAUCAAUCCAAAGAAGGAUAUGACAGAGAAAGAGGCAAGUGAAGAAGCAAGUAGUGAGAAAGCUCCUGAAGUAAAUCCAGCAAGAAAAAGUGACCAGAAUCCUCAGCAAGAUCCACUGAAAUGGUUUGGGAUUUUGGUGCCUCAAAGUCUUAAACAAGCACAGUCGUCAUUCAAGCAAGUAAUAGAGCUGUCAGCUGAGAUUGCAACCCUUCAGACUGCCGUUUUGAACACCAGACAGGAGCUGAAGCACAGCAUGGAAGACAAAUAUAUUGUCCAGGAGAAAGCCAGAGUAGCCCAGUUGGACAAGGUGGCAGACUAAAUAACUCUAUCGGCUGAUCUACGUAGAGGCUGGCGAUGAUCUGAGAAGAGCCUGUGGCCACAGAGAGUGACAGAUUGGAGUCAGUAGAUUAUGCUUCAGGGCCAAUUAAACUCAACAGUGAUCCUCCAGGUGGAUUUUGAAGUGGAGAUGUAGCAGUUCCUACUCGAUGAUUAAUUGGUAAUAGAUGAUGUUUGAUCUUGUGCCAUUUUGACUGUCUCACUGAUAAAUGUGUGGCCUGUUUGAGAUGGAUGUGUUUGUGAAUGCUGUCUUUGAGGAUUUACUCAAUAAAAUCUGUGUCGUAGA